AUGGGCGAGGGCGCGCUGGCCCCGGGCCUGCAGCUGCUGCUCCGCGCCUGCGAGCAGGGCGACACCGACACAGCGCGGCGCCUGCUGGAGCCUGGCGCGGAGCCCGCCGCGGGGCCCGAGGCCGGAGCGGAGCCGGCAGGGCCCGAGGCGGCCCGGGCAGCGGAGGCCGGGGCGCCGGUGCCGGUAGACUGCUCCGAUGAAGCAGGCAACUCAGCGCUGCAGCUGGCGGCAGCCGGUGGCCACGAGCCACUCGUGCGGUUCCUGCUCCGCCGCGGAGCCUCCGUCAACAGCCGCAACCACUAUGGCUGGAGUGCGCUCAUGCAGGCGGCCAGGUGUGGGCAUGCGAGCGUGGCACACCUCCUCUUGGAUCACGGGGCUGACGUCAACGCUCAGAAUCGUCUGGGUGCCAGUGUGCUCACUGUGGCUUCUCGGGGCGGCCACCUAGGCGUGGUGAAGCUGCUGCUCGAGGCCGGUGCCAUCGUGGACCAUCACAACCCCUCUGGAGAGCCACCGGCGAUGGGAGGCAGCCGGGACCGGGACGAACGGCUGGGCAUCACAGCUCUGAUGGCUGCCGCUCAGCAUGGGCAUGAGGCCGUGGUACGCCUGCUGAUGGAGUGGGGUGCAGACCCCAACCACACAGCCUGGACCGUAGGCUGGAGCCCUCUGAUGCUGGCAGCCCUCCUUGGGAAGCUCAGUGUGGCACAGCAGCUGGUUGAGAAGGGAGCCAACCCCGACCACCUCAGUGUGCUGGAGAAGACGGCCUUCGAGGUUGCCCUUGACCGCAAGCACAGGGAGUUAGCGGACUACCUGGACCCACUGACCACUGUCAGGCCAAAAACAGAUGAGGAGAAGAGGCGGCCUGAUAUUUUCCAUGCACUCAAGAUGGGAAACUUCCAGCUGGUCAAGGAGAUUGCUGAGGAAGACCCCAACCAUGUGAACCUGGUCAACGGGGACGGGGCGACCCCACUGAUGCUGGCGGCUGUCACAGGACAGUUGCCCCUCGUACAGCUGCUGGUGGAGAAGCACGCAGACAUGGAUAAGCAGGACAGCGUGCAUGGCUGGACAGCCCUCAUGCAGGCUACCUACCACGGAAAUAAGGAAAUUGUCAAGUAUCUGCUGAACCAAGGGGCUGAUGUUGCUCUUCGGGCCAAAAAUGGGUACACAGCCUUUGACCUGGUGAUGCUGCUAAACGCCCCGGACACUGAACUUGUUCGGCUGCUAGCAUCGGUGUGCAUGCAGGUGAAUAAGGAGCGAGGCCGACCCAGUCACCGGCCAUCUGUGCCCCACUCGAAGGCCAGACAGCCCUGGAGCAUCCCCGUGCUGCCUGACGACAAGGGAGGCCUGAAGUCCUGGUGGAGCCGGAUGUCCAACAGGUUCCGAAAGCUCAAACUUAUGCAGACACUGCCACGCGGGUUGGCUGCCAACCAGCCUUUGCCUUUCUCUGAUGAGCCCGAGCUGGCACUGGACUCCACCAUGCGGGCAGCCCCCCAGGACAGGGCUAGCCACCUUGGGCCACCUGAAGCAGCCCUUGCUACCAAAGACAGUGGUCCUGGGAGCACAAGAAGAGAGAGGGAAGAUGUGUUGCUGACAACCAUGCUACGAAACGGAGCUCCCUUCCCCCGGCUCCCCAGUGACAAGCUGAAGGCCGUCAUCCCACCCUUCCUACAGCCCCCGUCCAGCUUCGAGCUGUGGAGCUCUGACAGGUCCCGCACUUGUCACAAUGGCAAGGCAGACCCCACAAAGACUGUGCUGCCCCCGAGAGCCAGCAGAGCCCACCCUGUGGGCUGCGUGGGCACGGACACUGCUGCUGGCAGGCCAGUGAAAUUCCCCAGCAUCUCCAGAAGCCCCACCUCCCCUGCCAGCUCUGGGAGCUUCAACCACUCGCCUCAUUCCUCUGGGGGUGCCAGCGGCAUUGGGGGCAUGAGCAGGCUGGGUGGGGAGCUGCAUAACCGCUCAGGUGGCAGCGUAGACAGUGUCUUGUCCCAGAUCGCCGCUCAGAGGAAAAAAGCAGCUGGGCUGUGUGAGCAGAAGCCCAGCCAGCGAUCCAGUCCUGUGGGGCCAGCGCCUGGCUCCAGCCCACCCGAGCUCCCAGCCUCCCUCGUGGGCAGUGGCGGUGGCUCUUCCAAUGGCACUCCCAGCAGCAAGAAACUGGACCCCAGCAAACGGCCUCCAUCUGGAACUUCUGCCACCUCUAAAAGCACCUCCCCUACCCUCACGCCCUCCCCGUCUCCCAAAGGCCACACUGCUGAGUCUUCAGUGUCUUCCUCCUCAUCCCACCGGCAGUCUAAGAGCAGCGGGGGCUCCAGCAGUGGCACCAUCACAGAUGAGGAUGAGCUGACUGGAAUCCUUAAGAAGCUCUCCCUUGAGAAAUACCAACCCAUCUUCGAGGAGCAAGAGGUGGACAUGGAAGCCUUCCUCACACUCACCGAUGGUGACCUGCAGGAGCUGGGGAUUAAGACCGACGGUUCCCGGCAGCAGAUUCUGGCGGCCAUCUCCGAGCUGAAUGCGGGCAAGGGGCGCGAGAGGCAAAUUCUACAGGAGACCAUUCACAACUUCCAUUCUUCCUUUGAGAGCAGCGCCAGCAACACCAGGGCCCCUGGCAGCAGUCCUUGUACGUGAGUCUCCAUGCUGUGGCCAUCAGCGUGUGCACCCCAAGCCUCAUCACUCCUUCAUACAAUGCCAGGUCCAACCUGCUGCCC